AUGCUAUCUGACGAGAGAGCACCGAGCUCCAGGGGGCGAGCCCUGCGAGGCGGGAGGCUUGGCGGCUCCGUCGUUCAGCUCCGUGCCCGCCCUCCCGCAGGAAGGAAGGAGGACGCCUUCAACGUGCUGGACCUGGCCGAGUACACCAAGAGCCGGCCGUGGUGGAAGAAGGUCUUUGCCCCCAGCUCCGGGUCGAGUGCCGAGAAGUACAACGUGGCCACGCAGCUGGUGAUCGGAGGGGUGACGGGAUGGUGUACUGGAUUCAUCUUCCAGAAGGUUGGAAAGCUGGCAGCAACAGCGGUGGGAGGCGGCUUUUUCCUGCUUCAGAUUGCAAACCAUACAGGAUACAUCAAAGUUGACUGGAAGCUCGUGGAACGUGAUGUAAACAAAGCCAAGCAGCAGCUGAAGUUUCACAGCAGCAGUAACAAAAUGUCUCCAGAAGUGAAAAGCAAAGUGGAUGAGGUGAUCGUAUUUCUGAAGAAGAAUGUUAUCCUGACUGGAGGGUUUGCUGGAGGAUUUCUGCUUGGAAUGGCUUCCUAGGAACUACAGUCGACUCAUCAUGCUCAGCCUCCCUGUCCUCUUCUUCCUCUUCCUCUAAUGUAGAAGUCAGUGGUAGUUUCCAGCAGGUUCAGCCCCUGCAGCCCCUACACUCACAGGUUCCAGCCCUUAUUUCUUACAACUCUGCUUUUGAUUUCCAACUUUUACCUGUCUGGACUGUUUGGGUGCUGUAUUGGCCUGAAAGCUUUUGACUUCAGUGUAUCAUAGUGAUUCCUUUCCCCACUGAAUAUGCCUAGCCCCAGGUUGCUGGAUGAGUUGCAGCCUCAUAAACAUGUAAUGGCAGAGAAAUCUCUAUAACAUGCUUCUUCUCCAGUGCCUGGGACCUACGUUUGUCUGCCAGUAUAUGUGUACACCAGCUGUCAGCUCCUCACUGCUAUUUAUCUUGCACUUUCUCUGCCCUGGUCGCUGGAAAGCCUGAGCUUCCAUCUGUGCAGAGCUGGUGUGUGAAGUGCAGAUGUGCUUGGCUGUCCUCUGGUGUGGCUGCAGAGGUGCUGAGGGACAGUGUGGGCUGUGCCCAAGGCAGGUGGGUAAGAAGCACAUUCAUACUUUGUGUGUGGCAGGGGUUCUCUCCCUUUCCCUGCCUCUGCACUGCACAUAGGUGGCUGUUUGGCUUUCCCUCUGCUGUUAUUUAUAGCUCUUACUGGAAGUGCAGCUCUGGUGCUGCUGAUGGAAACUGAGCACGGUGCGUGUCACUCGGGGCCCCCUCCCUGUUGUGUUCUGAAGGUCUCCCAGCUUCCUGUUCCAUACAGCACCUUGCUCAGUCACUAGCUGCCAGCUUCUGAGGUGUGCUGAGGUGCUCUCUUCCUGUGGUGGGCUGGUCCCAGGGUGCUCCCCUGCCUGUGGCAGGCUGGCUGGCACAAGCAGUGCGUAUUUCUGCUGUGCCACUUACUGUAAGCCACCUUGGGGCUCAGAGCAGUGUUUCUAGGUCUGCCGUGACCUCCGGCUGCUUUGAUGUUGAUGCUCUUAAAGCUGUAACUGCUUGGGAUGGGAUUGCAGGUAGGAAUUGCAUCCCUGUUCAGGGUACGUUGCACUGAUCCAGGUUCCUUUAUGCCAGCUCCAUUGGAAUGGAAGGGGGAGGAUGAGAAAUCUGGUUAGAACUGCUUUGAGCACCAUCUCUGACCUUUCUGCUUACAAGAAGCAGGGUGCUUAUGCUUAAACGAUAAAAACUGGGGGAAAACCAGGGUAUGCCUCCUUUGUAGGAGUAGGCAGUUUCCAUGCUCUUUGCCUUGGUUAUGUUCCUUUUUUCUUUGAAUUUACUGUUUCCCUCCCCACCCCCCCCAAAAAGCUGCUUGCCUAAUCCCCUUGUAUAUUUCUGACAGCAGUAGCCUGGUGCAGGGCUCAGCUGCUCUUGGGACAGUUGUGUGCAGAGCAGAACUCUAACCCACAAGAAAAAUGGAAUCUCUGUAUCUUAGAGGUGUUCUGCAAUGGCCAUGCUGGAUUGGCAACAGCACUUGGCAGAGUGUGGGGACUUGAAUGACCUCGGGGUGAUGUCCUUCAGCAGGUACAGAUAGGUGUUCUUCCCCAGAAUGUUUAUGUGGGUCAGCACACCCUUCACAGGGAACAAGCUGGAGAACAGUGAUGUGUGUGAGUGACCAGGACGUGCUCCAGCCCAUCUCUUGUGCUGUGUGAUGCCAUUCUGAACAUACGUGGCUGGUUCUGGUGUGGGUAAAAGGGGGACUCGUCCCCAGAGAGCUGCUGAGAGGGCUGGAAGUGUGGGUUCAGCCUCCAGAGGUUUUGGGAUGAGCACUGACAGCCGUUAGCUUUGUUUCGCCUCUGAUUGAAGUGUGAUUGUGGCAACACUUUGAUCUAGUUGGUGUUUUUCUCACACUGCAGGCAGUCAAGAAGCAGAAAUUGGUAUCUCUGCUUCUGGGGUGAAGGGAGGAGCAGCUGGGCUUGCAUCCUUUUAAUGAUGACUUUUAGGAAAGCCAUCAGGGGCUGCAGGAGUGAAGUGAUGCAGCAAAUAGAUCCUCAAUAAAUUCAUGCUUGGGAGUGGAGUGACAAAAAAAAAAAAAAGCAGGUGUUUGUAGGAAACCUGCAUAGCUGAAUGUGUGUGAAUUAAUACAUUUGUAUCGCAGGGCAUCUCUUGCUCCUGGAGGGGAAGUGUUGCUUCCCCUCUGCCUGGUGUGUUGAGUAACCCAACUGGCAUGCACUGUUCUUUACAAACCUUUCUCCAGGGACAAAAUGAAGGUAAAUCAUUAACAGGCCUUAGGGCUGCCCUCCAGCCUCUGGUCAGGCACUGUCUGCCCAUGGUGGGAGGUACUGCAUUCUGUUCCAUGGGGUCCUCAUCUGCUGCUGCAGAGAGGAAUGGCCCAGAGAGGGAGCCAGGACAUCUCAGUAACUGCUGCAAGGGGAAGAGAGCGGUUGAGGCAAAUUCUGUUGGGUGUGAAGGUGGGCAGGGAGCAGCUGGGAGCUGGCAAAUCUUUCUGCUGUGCCAGUGUGAGACUCGUGGCUGGUGGUGGUGGAUGCUGUGUGCCCACACUGCGAGUUCUGGUGCCCCAUCAACCUGUGGGGAUGCAUUUCUGUUAUUGCAGGUGCCAAGAUGAGGUCUUCCCCCCACCCCUCCAACACACACGUCCCUUUUGUUCUUGUGUCAGCCACUUCUGGCAUCCGUGCCAGCACGGGAGGGUUUAAAACACACUAGGCUUUUUAAAGUCUUUUUAUAUAUUAUAUGUAAAUGCUUGUUGAAGUGAUAUUUUAUUAAACGGUUUUGCUUUAA